AUGAACCCUUACCAAGACACCUGCGAUAAUUCUGAUAUUCGCUAUGAUCUCUUCAAUAUCGGUGUUCCAGACAUGUCCUGGAUUAAUGAAGCGUUAGAGGCAAUGAGUGAAGCCGAUAGGAACGAAACCAGAACCCAUCAAUCCCUUGACGGCGCUAGUGAGCCAAGCCCUGAAGGUAAUCCUACCCCGAUAAACACGCCGAACGAAGACACCACUUUCCAGGGGUAUUGGCAAGGCAUUGACCCGAGUCUCGCGUACAACAAAACCAGUAUCGAUUCUCUAAAUGAAAAUAUCACCCCACAAAGCUAUGGCGAUGGCAUUGAUCCAAGUUGCGAAAGUAAUCUGGGCCCCGUGGAUGUCCUAAACAGAGGGAUCACUUCUCAAGGUUAUGGGCAUAACCCGGUUCCCACGCACGAUCCAGCUACCGCCAAUUUUCCGAACGAAGAUACUGUCCAGCAAGAUUAUGGCCAUGCCUUCGACUCGUACCUCACGAGCAACCCAGAAAGCGAAGUGCCUGUGCGCAGGAUUAACUUGCCCAACCGAUGUCUACCCGUGCCAAACCAGAAUCAAAGACAGGGCCAUAACAAAUUCCCACUUUUUAACAUCCAUGGUCCUGGUUAUUGGUGGAGCGUGCGCACCUUGAUGGAUAUCGUCGACACCGCUAUGACGGAUCCUAUGCUCAUUGAUUCCGAUAGAGCUGGUCCAGCCAAUCCUCUUCCCCCUUGGAUAGAAGCGCAAACGGAAAUACCCAACCGGGCAAAUACCCUUGCCAACAUAGGAGCGAGCGUACUCCAGCCUCCAACGAAUACGGUCCCAAGAGAUCCCAUGGCGGGAGGGUUUGGGAUACAAGACAUCCCUGUGAUGGAGCAUCAGGCCCAGACUGCUCCGCAAGUGGGAGGGGACAUGAACAUGACGGAUGCUCCAGGGGCGUUGGUCAUGAGUCACAUGCAAGCCAACCAUCACAUGGAGAUCGCCCAGCACGGUCGGCGGGCGUCGCAAGGAAAAUAUGAGCAAAUCUUUGCUUUCGUUGUGAACCCGAUGAUCUUCUUCCAGGUAUCGGUAAGACCGCGAGUAUUGCCGGCAAAAGUAGCGCCAACCCUUGAUACUCUACCCAUUAGUAUCCUAGAAAGGAUCUUCGACAAACUAGAUGGAGCAUCUCAAGUUUGCCUAGCGCUCACAGCAAAGGUGUUCGGCCGAGCGGUCCGCAGCGUGAAUUAUAGGCGGGCGCUCUGGUAUACCGCGGUCGAAAGGGAGCAGCUCCUAUGCUGGAGGCUGGCAUCCAGCAUCCCAGAGACCCUAAAACUCUGCCACACGUGCAUGAAAUAUUAUCCCACGGAUCCACAGUGGUGGGGCAGAAGAAAGGCUUGGAGGCAAGCAAGGACAAAAAGCCAAAUCUACGGGAGAAUUCUCGCAGAUUACGAGUUUAAAAACGUCGCCUGUCCCGAGUGCACGGCCGAGGCUAGAUGGACGAACGUAAUGCGGAAGCACAGCGCCCUGCAGCAGGCCCUAGGCUUGUAA